UAAAGUGAUUACCGGCUUACAGUUAAUCUCGCGUUCUACAAGUUUGCAUUCAACAAGUUAUAGACCGUGUAUAAUGUCGCGUGUGAUGUGCUCUGCUAAACACUGCUUUGGACUUCCACUGAUUGUGCUGCUGCUGGGUUUUACCAACUGUGUACCGACUAGCAGUUACCCGGCAGUUUCGCCCUGUCCUAAUCUGUUCUCCUACCAGUAUGAUACCAACCGGUCCGAGUACUACGGCUUUAUCAACCUUCAAUCGCAGCCUGUCAAAGGCUCUGCUGAGGUGGAACUAUCAUUCACAAUUGCCGCCCAGCUGCCGACGCAAUACGUUGGAUCAAUCGAAACGAUCGGAGAAAGCCGCCAGCUGCUUGACCAGAUAACGAAAGGCCGCGGAGUUAGCUAUCGUGUGAAUCUUCCAAUCCAGGAUCCACUUCCGAGACUGACCAAACUAACACUGAACGGUCGUACCCUAUGCAGUGGUACUGCGGAGAAAGCCAACUUCGUUACGGAAGUAAAACUGCGCCAUCAGCUCCGAGCGGAUACCACCCAUUCAAAACCAUUUCAAGCGGGCUUAACCCGACCUGUUGUACCGCACGUUCCCGCCGUUACACCCCCUCAAACGGUUGCAGGGCCGGCCGGUCCCGAUCAGUUCAAGUUGAUUGAUCACCGCGAAAAGCAGCAAACUGUGGAACGAACUGAGCACGAGAUUAGUCCGGCCAAGAACACGACCACGUACAAGUACGUUACUCAGGUUGUAACGUACAACGAAUAUGAAUCGGCACCGAUGUUCCAGAGAACGACUCAUUAUACCGUUAAUACGACCACUCAACAGUAGCAAGCGUGAUGGUGGUUCAGAGAUAAGACGACAGAACAAUGUUUCAAUUU